UCCUGUGAUCAGCCGGUCCCCGGGGCUGUUAGUCCGGCUCGAUUCUGCCCCCAAGGGAGCCGGAGUGGUUCCGGCACGAAAGAGAAACCAAAAGAGCCGAGCCCUUGUUGCGAUUCCGGCGUCGCGGGCGUCAGAGUCGACAGGAAGUCGGGGUGGGCGGCGAGCGGGACCCAGGACUCGCGGCGGCCGGCUGCUGAAUUCCGCUCCGUCGCCGAGGCCGAGAGCGGUGACAGGCUCCAACCCCACCCACUCCACUUUCCAAGUGCCUCUACGCUCCCCCCCCACCCUAUGUCUCGGGGCCAGGGCUCCCCCGUGACAGCCAUGGUACAGCCCGGCGCGCUGGUGGACGGCGACCCAGAGACGGUUGCCGGGGAGGGCCUGCUGACCGCCCGUCCCGUGGGUGGAGUGACCCCGGGGACCCCCGCCGACCUCGGCACUAUGGAGACGCUGGUCCAGGCCAAUCGGCAGCUGCAUCGCGAGAACGUCAGCCUCCGAGAGGCAAUCCGACACAGUAACCAGGCGCUGCGGGAGCGCUGCGAGGAGCUGCAGGAAUUCCAGGCGCGGAACCGGCGGGAGAGGGAGUUCGUGCUGAGCCGGUUCCGAGAGGCCAGGCAGCUGGUCGAGCAGCUGAGGGCCGCCAACGCGCAGCUGCUGCGCAGGGCCAGCGAGGGGACGGCGGUAGGAAGCCCCUCCCGUGGUGCCUCCGAGAGUGCAGAGAGCUCCCUCGCCUCCUACACCACCAUCACCCAGAGCAUGUUUAACCUCCCCGCCGCACAGCAGCCCGAGGGUCAGGCGGAGGCCCCGGAGUACGUGCGCCUCCUGAAGGAGCGGAAGGAGGAGCUGGAGGACGACCUGCGGGUCAUGAGGACCGAGAACCAGCUGCUGCGGCAGCAGUUGGCGCAGACCGGGACGGCGCAGGCGGUCGUGCGAGAACAGGCAAAGGCACCGAAUGAGGAAGCCACCAACCAAUCACCAGUCAGCAGGAGGCCAGAGACGCAGGAGGGAGCCCCCGGGCCGGAGAGACCCCCGGCACAGCUGGAACAGCUGGAGCAGCGGCUGAAGAAGCAGGAGGCGGAGUUCGAGGCCAGAGUUCAGGGUCUGAGUCGUCAGGUCGAGCAACUGUCCGAUGAUCGAGCGUCGCUGAAGGCGCAGGUGACGUCGCUGCUGGCCGAGCUGAAGGACAGCCAGAGGACGGUGGAAACCCUGCGGGCACGGAGCGCCGGCCUGGAGGACAAGUGCCGGGCAUUGGAGGAGAGGCUGAGGGUGCAGGAGAAGGAUGCAGAGGCUCAGAAGAAACAGUCAAGUGUCACCAUCGACCAACUCCGGAUCGCAGUCCACAACUCGGAGUCUGCCCUGAAGACAGAGAGACAGAACGCAACAGAGGACAAGCGGAAACUGGCCCAGCUACAGGCUGCCUACCAUCAGCUGUUUGCCGAAUACGACCACACAGUAAGGGACGGCAAGAGGAACAGGGGCCAAGCAGAGGACAUUGCCGAUCAGCUGAAGGAGGCCGAGGGCGCCCUGGCCAUUAAGCAGGACCUGAUCGACAAGCUGAAGGAGGAGGCAGAGACCAUGAAGGCUGAGCUGGAGACAGUUCCCGUCCUGAAAGCCCAGGCCGAGGUUUUCAAAGCGGAUUUCCUGGCGGAGCGGGCGGCCCGCGAGAAACUGCACGAACAGAAGGAGCUGCAGCAGGAGAGGAUGAAGGCGCUGCAGGCCGAGUGCGAUAAACUGCGGGCAGAGCACGACAUGGCCACCAGGGCUCAUAUCGAGGAACUGCAGCGGCGGCACAGCGACAGCCUGCGUACGCCCAUCGGCGGCCAAGGUAACUACUUCCCGAACGGCAGCACCAUCCCGUUCAACGUGCCCACGGAGCCGGCCCUGCGGCACGUGUUCCCGGACGAGCAGCCCGACUUUCGAUGCCCCAAGUGCCAGUACCAGGCUCCGGACAUGGACACUCUGCAGAUACACGUCAUGGACUGCAUUCAGUGAAACGCCGACACCCCCCCUGCCCCAUCCUGCUCACUCUCUCUCUCACACGGGAGGGGUGUGGGGGGGGGGGGUGGUGGUCCCAGGACCCUGAGAGGGAUCUGUCCAACCUUGUGAGCCAAGGUGCGAGAAGUCAUUUCCUGGAUGGGCUGUUAGAGGAACGGGGAGGGGAGGGGAGGGUUGCCCCCAAGAGUUUGGGCCCCCUCUCCCCUCCCCUUGCCGCUCACCCCUGAGGUCCCAGAUCCUAGCGCCUGUGCCGGUGUCCCGUUCAGGGGGAGGGGGAUAGGACCAAGCUCUGUGCAUCAUUUUUUGUGUUUGUGUGUGUGUGUGUGUGUGUGUGUGAAGAGCCUUCAGGGUGAUGGGUGUGCAGUGAGGGUGCAGGACUCACAGACUCAGACCUCUUCCUCUCACAAGGACCCCUCUGUAACGGCACUGGGGACCAUUCGUGCAGGCGUGUACGGGUAGACCGAGCUGACCGUUCCCACUCACCCUAUACCUAGGGGGUAGAUUACACCCAAAACAACAGUAGUUUAAUAUUCUUCACUCCAUUCCGCUUGGAGGGCGAGGAACGUGCUCCCCCUCUUUCACCAUCUGAGCCCUAAACCCCACAGGUCUGGACCGGGCCAUCUCUGCCUGACCCUCGCAGCUGCCGGAUCUCUGAGGGUUUCUGGAAUUGAGCCCCCUUGCCUUCCAGAGAGAUGAGCUGUAAGGAAUUCCACCCCACCCCGCCCCCGGCGAAUGGUUAGCUGGGCUGGUGUUUGGUUUGUUGUGUGUGUGUGUGUGUGUGUGUGUGUUUGACCCCCCCCCCCCCCCCCCCGGCACGUGGUUAAGUGUGCAGUGCGUGAGGGACAAACGGACAGAGGGACACAGCGCGAGAGAGGCACCCAGACAGAGAGAGUGACAGAGAGAAACAGUGAGAGGGGGACAGGGCAGAGAGGGAAGAGGGAAGGAAGAUUAGGAGGUGAUCAGAUGAGCCAGACGGCUGUCACGUUCAGCUGAGGAGGUUCGGUCCCUCAAUAUACCACUGGUGGAUAUAUAUACAGACAUACGUUCAAUUGCGGGUCUCCAAUGGGAGGGGGGGAGGGUCUGAACUCAUUGUGCCAACAAAGUUAAGCCAGUGAUAACCCUACCGAAAUGCGUUCGCUCUCGGACUCUGAGCGACGGAGAGUGAAGCGUUCGGGCAAGGCUCUGGAUCGUUGCUUCCGGAUAGGGAAGGGAGCAGGGAGGGCUGACUGGGGUCCAAACAUGACAGGAAGGUGGGGUGGGUGAAAUGACUUCAAAAACGACAGUCUUAAACGACUUCUGGUAAUUCCCUGGAACUCUUCCCACCCCACCUACAACUACUUCUACUCUACUGGAACAGCCAGCCUCUGCAGAAAGCUGGAGGUAUCAAUUUAAUUAAUUAAUCUCUCCAUGUUAAUUAAUAAAUCUAUGUAUUAUUUUAAUAAAAUAUAUACAAUGUCUCUGGUGAUGUUUGCAAUGGCUCAGGGGAUAUCUGUUCCGUUGUCUCUCAGUCUCUCUCUCUCAAGGAGAGAUCUGUACAUUGACCGGUGUCUCUCAGUCCCUCUCUCUCAGAGGGAGAUCUGUACACUGACCAGUGUCUCUCAGUCCCUCUCUCUCGGGGGAGAUCUGUACACUGACCGGUAUCUCUCAGCCCCUCUCUCAAGGGGAGAUCUGUACACUGACCGGUAUCUCUCAGUCCCUCUCUCUCAGGGGGAGAUCUGUACACUGACUGGUGUCUCUCAGUCCCUCUUUCUCAGGGGGAGAUCUGUACACUGACCCGUGUCUCUCAGACCCUCUCUCUCUGGGGAGAUCUGUACACUGACCCGUGUCUCUCAGUCCCUCUCUCUCUGAGGGAGAUCUGUACACUGACCGUAGUCUCUCAGUCCCUCUCUCUCUCAGGGGGAGAUCUGUACACUGACCGGUGUCUCUCAGUCCCUCUCUCAGAGGGAGAUCUGUACACUGACCGGUGUCUCUCAGGCCCUCUCUCUCCGGGGAGAUCUGUACACUGACCGGUGUCUCUGUCCCUCUCUCUUGGGGAGAGAUCUGUACACUGACCGGUGUCUCUCAGGCCAUCUCUCUCUGAGGGAGAUCUGUACACUGACCAGUGUCUCUCAGGCCCUCUCUCUCCGGGGAGAUCUGUACACUGACCGGUGUCUCUCAGGCCCUCUCUCUCUGAGGGAGAUCUGUACACUGACCGGUGUCUCUCAGGCCCUCUCUCUCCGGGGAGAUCUGUACACUGACCGGUGUCUCUGUCCCUCUCUCUUGGGGAGAGAUCUGUACACUGACCGGUGUCUCUCAGGCCAUCUCUCUCUGAGGGAGAUCUGUACACUGACCAGUGUCUCUCAGGCCCUCUCUCUCCGGGGAGAUCUGUACACUGACCGGUGUCUCUCAGGCCCUCUCUCUCUGAGGGAGAUCUGUACACUGACCGGUGUCUCUCAGUCCCUCUCUCUCUGAGGGAGAUCUGUACACUGACCGAUGUCUCUCAGUCCCUCUCUCUCUGGGGGAGAUCUGUACACUGACCGGUGUCUCUCAGUCCCUCUCUCUCAGGGGGAGAUCUGCACACUGACCAGUAUCUCUCAGACCUUUGUGACCUCUCAGCCUCCUUCCCUCCAGGGAAAACAGACCCAGCCAGUCCUUGUAACUCAAUCCUUCCAGUCCCAGUAACCAGUAAAUCUUUCCUGUCUCCUUCCCAGUCCUUUCUGUCACUGCGUGACCAGAAAUGCAUACAUCACCACAAGUGUCAUCUCACCAACAUCUGUCACAACUGCAGCAUAAUCUCCCAACUCCAAACUCCGAUUGGCGAAGCCCUUUCUAUGUACCCUUCACGUUCAGGGAACCACGUACCUGUACCUCUCGGUAUCUCUUUUCCACCGGACUCUCCAGGGCCCGGCCGUUUAUUGUCUUAAGUCCUGUUCUGGUUUAACUUCAGUUAGAGUGCAGAUGGAUUCCUUUUUGAAGAUUGAGAUUGAGGGCAGAAUACAGGGUUGGGGACAGUGUGGAGGAACAGAUGGGUCUUAUUCCAAGACAGGGUGGUUAAGAAGGUGUUUGGUGUGCUAGACUUUAUUAGUCAGGGGAUUGAGUUCGAGAGCCACGGGGUAAUGUUGAAUCUCGAUAAAACACUCUGAGUACUGUAUUCAGUUCUGGUGGCCUCAUUAUCAGAAGGAUGGGGAAGCUUUAGAGAGGGUGCAGAGAAGAUUAUCUGAUGCCAAUUGGAUUAGGGAGCACGUCUUGAGGGCAGCCCAUAGUGGUUAACACAACGCUUGGUGUCAGCGACCUGGGUUCAAAUCCCGCCACCACCUGUAAGGAGUUUGUACGGUCUCCCUCUGACCACUUUACGUCCAGAGACGUGUGGGUUGUCCCGCGAUUAACAUCAAACAAUACAGCACAGUACAGGCCCUUCAGCCCACAAUGCUGUGCCGACCCUUAAACCCUGCCUCCCAUAUAACCCUCCACCUUAAAUUCCUCCAUAUACCUGUCUAGUAGUCUCUUAAAUUUCACUAGUGUAUCUGCCUCCACCACAGACCCAGGCAGUGCAUUCCACGCACCAACCACCCUCUGAGUGAAAAACCUUCCUCUAAUAUCCCCCUUGAACUUCCCUCCCCUUACCUUAAAGCCAUGUCCUCUUGUACUGAGCAGUGGUGCCCUGGGGAAGAGGUGCUGGCUGUCCACUCUGUCGAUUCCUCUUAAUAUCUUGUUUUUGAUUAGGCUACGAUUAGAUCAGGGGAUUGCUGGGCGGUGUGCUCGAAGAGCUGAAAAGGCCUAUCCUGUGUUGUAUCUCAAUAAAUCAUCAAACUUAGUUAAUGAGGAGAGGCUGAGCAAGCUCGAGAGGCGACUUGAUAGAGAUAAAUCAGAAGGCGAGAGCCAGCACAGACAGAGACAUUUUCCCAGGGCAGAAAUGGCUAGUACAAGGGGACGUAACUUUAAGGUGUUUGGAGGGUGUCAGAGGUUGGGGGUGUGUGGAACGCUCUGCCAGGUGUGGUGGUAGAAGCAGAUACAUUCAGGGCAUUUAAGAGACUCUUCGCUUGCUCAUGUAUGGAAGGAAAAUGGAGAGCUGUGUAGGAGGAAAGGAUUAGAUCAGAGGCUCCCAACCUGGGGGCUACAGACUCCCUGACCAAUGACAUGAAAAAGGUUGGGAGCCACUGGGUUAGAUUAAUUUUCAAGUAGGUUGAAGAUUCAAAGAUUCAAAAACUUUAUUGUCAUUCUAACGGUACAUCAGCUCUGCAGGGCAGAAUGAGACAGCUUUUCCCAGGAGCAGUGCUGUCAUAACAUAACAAACGCAACACUAAAUAAUAAACAUAACAAUAAAUAGUAAAACACAACAGCCACGUGUCAGUUAAAAGCAAGUUAUAAGUGUCCAGUGCAAGUUAAAAGUGUCCAAAGCAGAGUCAGGUGGAGCAGCUAUUUAGCAGUCUGACUGCCUGUGGGAGGAAGCUGUUUAGUAGCCUUGUGGUUUUAGUUUUGAUGCUCCUGUAAUGUUUACCUGAUGGCAGAAGGAAAGGUUGGCACAACGAUGUGGGCUAUAGUGUAGUGUCUUCUAUGUUAGACCAUUAGACAUGGGAGCAGAAUUAGGCCAUUCGGCCCAUUGUCUACUCUGCCAUUCUAUCAUGGCUGAUUUAUCAUCCCCCCUCAACCCCACUUUCCUGCCAUGUUUUAAAGGCGUUUUGCAGUUCACGUAAUGCCAUAACAGCGCCAGCAUUCAAUUCCGCCACCGUUCUGCCCAUGACAGCAUGCUUUUCCUCGCGUAUUCCAGAGACGUGUCAGUUCACAGGUUAUUUGCUCACGGGGGUGUAAUAGGGCAGCGUGGACUCGUUGGGCCAGAAUGACCUGUUACCGUGCUGUAUCUAGAAAUAAAAUAAAUAUUACUGACGUUGGAAAUGAUUACUCAAAGUCAGCAUGUGUUUGGGGAGAAGGAAAUUGUGUCAUACGCUCAAAGAACUCAGUCAGGAAACAGAGCAGUUUUGUGGCCAAGUAACUACCAGGAAGUUGUGUGGGGGGGUUUUUUGGAAUGCUUUUGAUGGAAUUCUCAGGGAUUCCCCUAUCCGGUGAUUUAGUAAUCUUGCGGGAUUGGUGUUCAAGCAAGAAUCAGGUUUAUUGUGACUGACGUACGUGUACACUCAGUGUAUGAGGUUCAGGAGAGGACCCCAGUGAGUUUUUCUGCUGCUGUGGCCCAUCCUCUUCAAGGUUCGUCGUGCUGUGCCCUUCCACACACCCCUGUUGUAAUGGGUGGUUAUUUGAGUUCCUGUCAGCUUGAACCAGUCUGGCCAUUCUCUCCUCUGACCUCUCUCGUUAAUGAGGCAUUUUCACCCACACUGUUGUUUUUUCUCGUGUGUGUUUUUUCACCAUUCUCUGUAAACUCCAGAGCCUGUUGGACGUGAAAACCCCAGGAGAUCAGUAAGUUUCUGGCACCGACGUUUCUUCCGCUGCCAGUCACUCAGAUCACAUUUCUGUUGGUUGAUCGGAAUAGCAAAUGGUGAUGAAACCAGUCAGGACGCGUUCCAUCAUACAUCUGUAGAAAUUCACAACAGUUUUUGGCAACAUACCGAAUCUCCUCAAACCCACAAAUAUGCUUUCUUUGUGACUGCGUCAACAUGCUGGGCUCAGGGUACGGCCUCUGAGAUGUUUAUGCCAAGAAGCUUGAAGCUGCUCGCAAGGUUGUAUGUGGAGGCAUGUAUGUACUCUAAUCAUUUUUACUUUGAACUGUGAGGUACAGUAAUGUUACAGCUAUAAUACAACCUUUGGUCAGACCCCACUUGGAGUGCUGUGCUCAGUUCUAUUCACCUCACUAUAGGAAGGAGGUGGAUGGUAUAGAGAAGAGUGCAGAGGAGAUUUACAAGGAUGUUGCCUGGAUUGGAGGGCGUGCCUUAUGAGAAUAGGUUGAGUGAACUCGGCCUUUUCUCCUUGGAGGGUGAGAGGUGACCUGAUAGAGGUGUGUAAGAUAAUGAGAGGCAUUGAUCGUGUGGAUAGUCAGAGGCUUUUUCCAAGAGCGGAAAUGGCUAACAUGGGGAGGCAUAGUUUUAAGGUGCUUGUGUUAUGAGUGAUGGACAGACCUGAUGGUCAAUGGGGUACAGAGUUAACCAUUCCCAACCCCCCCCCCCCCCCGAGAACUGCAAACUAUUACUGUUGCUAUGCUGCUAUUGAGAGAGAGAGAGAUAAAGCCCAGGCAAGAACAUUUGCUACAGAUAAGAGGGGGAGAGAGACUGUUGAUUUACUGUAUUAUGACUCUUCCUGGAUUAUUUACCUUCACUAAAAGGACUGUACUUUGCUCGUUAACAUUCCUUAGGAGAUAGCAGGAGUGGCCUGAUUUGAUGGACACGGUCAUUCAGAGUUGAUGGAUAGCUGAGACCCCAUGAGUGGGGAUAAAAGACAGGUCUGGAGAGACACCCUUCAGACAUGCCAGUGGAAACUGACUGAGUGUUGGGAGCCCACAGAAAGGUGGGAGUUUCGGAGACCGAACUAGGAGAUCGGUCAGUAAAGCUCACAGUGUUACAGCAGGGCCGGUGGUGUCUUGUGUGUGUAUCCACUCAUGCCAGAGUGACGAGUCCACCACAGAAGAACGGUCUGGCUGAAGAACAGAAGGGUCAUAGUGAAUGACCACAAUGACACAAUAGAUUAAGAAAGCCACAAAAGGUUUGCCUGCCGCGGCAGCUGUUGCUGUUACAUCUCGCUCGCUCUCUCUCUCUCCAAUGAUUUCAAUACAACAACCAUAACUACCUCAGCAUUUAUGAACUGAAUUCUAUACUUUCCUAUGACAAUUCAUUUACCCCCUAGACAUCGAUAGAGCUGGUUUAUUAUUGAUUAUUAUUAUUCCUACACUUUUAGGUUUAUUACUGCUAACUUGUUUUAUAUGUAUAUUAGCAUUUUUGAUAUUGUAUGGUGUAGUUUACUAAUAAACACUUUUAGUUUGGUACCACCAGACUCCAACGGAUUCUUCUUUCUCCGCUGGUCAGACACCCAGUUACGGGGUACGUAACAAUUGGAAUUAGGUACGGGGGAAUGUCAGAUGUAAGAUUUUUAUACAGAGUGGUGGGUGUGUGGAAUGCACGGACAGAUACAACAGGGUCUCUUAAGAGACUUAGAUAGGUACGUGGAGCUUAGUAAACGAGAGGGUUAUGCAGUAGGGAAGUGCUAGGCAGCUUCUCAAGUAGGUUACAGGGUCAGCACAACUAUGUGGGCCGAAGGGCCUGUAAUGUGCUGUAGAUUUUCACCACACAUCUAUAGAAGUUUGCCAGGGUUUUUGACAACGUGCCAAAUCUCUGGAGACUCCUGAGGGGGAGGGGGAGAUACAAGAGGCUGAAGGGCAGCUUCUUCAUCCAGAGGGUGCUCCAUACUUGGGGCAAACUGCCAGAGGAAGAGAUUGAGCUCGGUACGUUUACAAUACACAGGAGGCACCUGGACAGGUACAUAGAUUGGGAAGUUCAAAACAUUAGCAUACACUACCCUGCAAUUCAUUUUCUUGUUGGCACUCACAGCUACAGAAAUACAAUGGAAACAAUGAAAAGCCACACACAGAGACUGACAAGUGACCAAAAUGCAAAAGACAACAAACCAUGCAAUAUAAAACAAACACUGCUAAUAAUGAAUGAAUAUAUUGUCGAAAACGUAAGUUGCAGGGUCCUUGACAGUGAGCCUGUAGGUUGUGGAAUCAGUUCAGAAUUGAGGUGAGAAGUUAUCCACACUGGUUCAGGAUCCUGAUGACUGUUCCUAAACCUGGUGGAGUGUGAUCGAUUGCUUCUGUACCUCCUACCUGAUGGCAGCAGGGAGAUGGCCUGGAUUGUAGUGGGGUCCUUGAUGAUGGAUUCUGCUUUCUUGUGAUUUACAGCAGCCCUUCUCAACAUUGGAGGGACCCUUGAAAUAAUUUUCAGGUCUCAGGGAACCCCUGCAUAAAAAUUAUCUAUAGCUCAUGGUACAUUAGCAUGAUCAGUAAGUUGUAGACAUAAUAAUCCAAAAAUAAUUGUCAAUGAUUUUUUGAGUAGAGAAUGAAUUUUUAGCCAACAUUUGUUGGGGAAAAGGAUAGUUAAGCUCAGCUUCCCUUUCUUGAAAUUAAUCUCUUCCCUUCCCUUUCAUAAAUUUUAAAAACUCACAAGGCAAACAUAAUAAAUGCCCCACUUCUGGGUUGAACUUGAGAUAAGCACACAUGCGGUUCACCAACUGAAAUGAGAUUACUAUUCUUACUCUUGAUUCUUGUUAAACUCGAUAAAGCUUGCUCACACACGUAAGAAGUUGAAAACCGCAGCAUUGCAUUCAUAGCUUUCCUAUGAAUGGCAGGAUGAUCUUUCACAGAAAUGCAGGGCCAUGUCAGUAUAUCAUAUCUUGAGUGCACACUGAGUGUUGGAGCCACUGCCAAAACAAACUGAAAGUUGUUUUCCACAGAUUAGGCACAAUGGAUUAGGUCAACUUGGAUCACCAGUCUAUGUAAAACCCAUUGAGAGGUAGCUUUCAUUGGGAAGACGUACUUUUUGUGUGUGUGUGUCCGUCUGUUGUUGCACUAGUGAAGUGAAAUAACUCAGGAGAUUGUAAUUUUUCAUCGUUGUCCUUAGGCCUAGAAUCCUCCUCUUCCAUCUCACAGCUCCUCUUCAAAAAUUGCCACACUGGACCAUCUUUAGAAUGAAAAUUUCCCUCCAAUUUUUUUUACUACACUGGAAGUUUGUUCGCUCCCAUAAGUAAGCCGAUGGCAUGCAAGGGGAAGUUGGGGGAGGUAAUUCAGGAGGGAGAGGCUGAUGUCACAGUCCAAGUAGGACUAGCCCAUUCAAUGCUCGAAAACACACUUCAGAUCAUCAGCCUUCUUUCUCCCCUCCGUGCAAUACAGCACCCGCCAGUUAUCAACGGCCUUCCCUAUCUCGUGUCAAAAACUGAGAAUGGACUCAAGCAAACAAACAUGGUCCUACUGCGCACUGCCAUACUGGGCUGAAAGACGUCUAACAGAUUGCUAAUGGCGCUUGGUCACUGCCCACUACUGCCAGCGCAUUGUGCUUAGUUCAAAUAAUAUUUUUUUUUAAUCACGAUCUCUCAUGGAACCCCCGGUGGCCUCUCACAAAGGAUCCCUGCUUUGGUGUGAUAUGGUCCAAGUGGCACGAGUGCGGACGGGGAUCUUGGCCAGCAUGCAGGUAGGUCAAAGCGUUUACUUCCGUACCAGUUGAUAGUUUCUCUUCGCUCCAGAGAAGCUGCCUGACCUGCUGAGUGUUUUCAGCAUUUUCUGAUCUCGCAGGAGGCGGCAGUGUUGGAUAUCUUAAAUAGAAACUGGAAUGCAAAACACGUCAGUACCACUUGUAAACAAGAGGUGAAAUGUUGGUUGAUCAGAACGAUCAAAAAAAUUUCUGAUUCCUGGAUUUCAAAAACAAUCAGCUGACAGCCUGCACCCCAUCAACCUACGAAGAAAGGUCUUCCUGUCUGCCCCUCCCUCUUCCACAGACGCCUCCACUGCAGAUGCUGCCUGACCUGCCGAACAAUCCUCGGCUGUUUUGUUGCUGUUCCUGCACUGGGAAAACCGGACUGGCUUGUUAUCUGAAAUGUCUCAGGCUCGGCCACCAGCGCCCUGCUCGAUCCCCUCAGGGUUGUGAACCCCACCUGGGUAGAUGCUGCACUUUUGGGAUCAAGCUCUGUUGAGUCAGGGUGUGAAGGUGUGAGGGGGAAAAAUAUCAAGAGUUAAAGUCACAUUCCUAAGAUGAACUUAAGCAGCAGAUCUCCAAUGCAGAGGGCAAACCUCAGAGAGAGAACCUGGUGCCCCAGUCACCAGCUUCAGAUGACCCGCCAAUCCAGUUUGUUGUUGGGCACAAAAGCCAGGAAUGUUGGAAGUGUCCAAGUGGCAUGUUAGGCAAAGGGCUGGCAUUUCAAUUACUUUCCAAACAAAUGGGAGGAAUGAAGCAGUCAAUGCUUUGGAGAAAAAGGAAAUCAUGUUGCUACCUGGUCUGCUGGACAUUGCAGUAUCUGCAGAUUUUGUUCCUGACUGUCUUGCCAGCCCUAGCUAGACACAACCCCCAUCUCCUGGCAAACGCUGCACAACAGCCACAUUUCAAUUUGAUGUCAGCCAAGAUGCCAGCAUUGAUUUUGGUUCCCCAGACAAGACUUCACAACCCAGUCAGUAUCGCUAGGCAGCAACUAUUUCCCAUCACUCUCCAAUGUAUUGCACUUUGACCAGGCUCUUGAGAGCUCCCACUUCUCCACAAGUUAAAACAUGCCAGAGUUUCAUUAACAUUCCCAGUGCUGACGAGGUCAAUCAGCCAAAAAACUGUUCCACUGUCCACUGAUGCUGCCUGUCCCUCUUGCUCAAUGGGAAAUCUAUACAUAGACCAGUGUUUCUCAGUCCUUCUCUCAGGGGGAGAUCUGUACACUGACUGCUGUCUCAGUCUUUCUCUCACAGGGGGCAGAUCUAGACACUGACUGGUGUUUCUCAGUCCCUCUCUCGAUGGGGAAGAUCUGUGCACUGACCAGUGUCUCUCAGCCCCCUCUUGCAAGACGCAGAUACAUUGACUGCUCUCUCUCUCUCUCUCUCGGGAAUAUCUCUACACUGACCGUCUCUCAGAGGCAUGUUGUUAUGAAGGAUGAACAGUUCUGAUGGACAAUGGGGUGCAGAGUUGCCAUAUUCGCCCCCCACUUUGAGAAUCACAAACCAUUAACUGUUGCUAUGCUGCUCAUGAGAGAGAGAGAUGAAAAGAAAACAUGCAAGAACAUCUGCUACAGAUAAGAGAGAGGAGAGAGACUUGUUGAUUUACCGUGUUAUAACUUCUGCGAGGGUUAUUUAUCUAAUACCAUUCUGUUCAUUAACAUUCCUCAGUGGACAGCCGGAGUGGGCUGGUUUGAUGGACACAGUCAUUCAAAAUUGGUUGAUAGCUGAGACCACGUGAGAAGGAAUAAAAGUCAGGUCUGGGGAGACACCCUUCAGACACACCAGUGGACACUGACUGAGUGUUGUGAGCCCACAGGAAGGUGAGGGCUUCGGGGACCGAAUCAGGAGAUCGGUCAAUAAAGCUCACGAUGUGACGGCAGGGCCGGUGGGGACUGCGGUGUGUGUCCACUCAUGCCAGAGUGACGAGUCCACCACAGAAGAACGGUCUAGCUGAAUGACAGAUGGGUCAUAACUGAAUGGCCACAACGACACGACAGAUCAAGAACGCAAAGGAAGGUUUGACUGCUGUAGCUGUUACUUCUCGCUCGCUCUCUCUCUCUCCGACGAUUACAACACAACAACCAUAUCUACCUCAACACACAUGAACUGAACUUUAUACUUUUUUAUGACAAAUCAUUUACCCCUAGACAUCGAUAGAGCUCAUUUAUCAUUGCUUAUUAUUCCUACACUUUUAGGUUUAUUAUUGGUAACACGUGUUAUCUAUAUAUUUGCAUUAUUGGUAUUGAUUUGCUUAUAUUACUAAUAAACACUUUUGAAUAUAGUACCACCAGACUCCAACAGAUUCUUCUUUCUCUGCUGGUUAGACACCCAGUUACAGGGUACAUAACAAAUUGGGGCCUCGUCUUCCUGAUUUGAUUACCAAUUGGGGGGGCCAGUGAAUCAGGAUAAAAGUCCCUUAUCUGAUCUGGUUGCUUAGAUAACCAGACGGGAAACCAGCAAAGAUGGAAAUAGACAAAAUUUUUAGAAAGCCCGGCUUUUCUUGGCUAGAGGGUGCCAAGAAGGUGGAAUUGGUGAGCGUUGCGAAACAACUAAAUCUCUCGGCAGUGAAACCUUCGAUGAGAAAGUUGGAUAUACAGAGGGAAAUAGCCAUGCAUUAUGUAUCCGAGGAUGUGUUCACGUCUGAGGUAUUGGACCUGUUCCCUGAGAGGAAACCAGCCGAGGGGGAGGUUCAGUUAGCGAUGGAAAAAUUAAGGUUGGCUGCGGAGGAGAAGAAAAUUGAGUAUGAGAUCCAGCUAAAGGAGUUGGAGGCUAAAAGGGAGAAGGAAAAAGCUGAAGGGGAGAUGGAGGAAAGGGAGAAAGAGAGGCAGCAUGUGCUGGAAAUGGUAAGGUUAAAGCAGCAGGGAAGAGACCGGGCAGCAGACUCAAGUGAGGCGUACAAGAUUGGUCGGGAGAUCCAGUUGGUACCUCCAUUCGAGGAGACGGAUGUCGAUAAGUUCUUCCUUCAUUUUGAGAAAUUGGCUGUGAAUCAGAACUGGCCUGAGAGAAAAUGGGCUGUUCUGGUACAGAGCGUACUUAGGGGGAAGGCUCAGCAAGCGUAUUCGGCAUUGUCUAUGGAGGGGUCUAGGGACUAUGAGGAAGUAAAAAGGGCUGUACUGAGGAGUUACGAGUUGGUGCCAGAGGCAUACCGGCAGAAGUUCCAGAACUUGAGAAAGCCAUGGAACCACACGUAUUGCCCGUGAAAUGCAGAUGUGUUGUGAGCGUUGGUGCGCCUCAAAAGGGGUUGUUGGAGAUUAUGAUAAACUGUUACAGUUAAUACUGACGGAACAAUUUAAAAGUUGUAUCCCUGAAAGUAUGAAGACGUACUUGGAUGAGAAGGAGACAGAGACUCUGUCUGCGACUGCCAAAUUAGCAGACGAGUACGCCUUAACCCACAAGGCAAAGUUUUCCUCAAAUAAGAGUUACAAGAAAGGUAGUAGGGACGGUAGAGAAAGCCCACCGUCUAAGGCAGAGAAUAAGCCGGGAGCUAGUGGUAAAGGUGAGGAGGAGGAAAAGCAGGCUGGCAGGAAGGUUCCGAGCUUGACUUGUUAUAAUUGUGGGAAAGCUGGUCAUAUCGCAUCUAAGUGCUUCACUCCGAAGAAGGAGACAGGGAAAGGGAAAACAGCAGUCCUUACAGGUUGCAUUGAGUCGGUCAGUAGAUCGAUGGGGAAGACAAAGGUGGAUAGAGCCCAAGAGGGCUGUGAGAAGUUUACUUCGGAAGGGACAGUGUCUGUGAAAGAAGGAGAAACCCCAGUUCCAGUGAGCAUCUGGAGGGAUACUGGGGCUGAUCAGUCAUUGAUCCUAAAGAAGGUACUGGAUUUUGGUCCUGAGACUGGAGAGGUUGUGUUAAGAGGGAUAGGAAAAGGGACAGAAGCUGUACCUUUGCACAGGGUCAUUUUAAAAUGUGACCUGGUAUCUGGACCAGUCGAAAUAGGGGUGCGGUCGGAACUACCGAGGGACGGCGUGGACGUCGUUCUUGGUAACGAUUUAGCAGGUGGUGACGUGUGUUCAGCAGUGAAAUUAACAAGCAAGCCUGUGAGUGCUGAGGACUCGCCCAUAGAUUCUGAGAUUUAUCCCGCAUGCGCAAUCACUCACAGCAUGUCGAGAAAGGCGGCUGAGAAAGAAGCCAGUUUAAAUGAGUCCAGUGUUGAUUUGGCUGAGAUGUUUUUACCGACCCUGUACCAAGAGGGGUUAGAGGGUAGUAAAACGGAGGAUCGUGGAGUGAAGGAGAGUAAAGGAGAGGAGGUAGAUUUACUCUUAGCAAGGAGGGAAUUUAUAAAGGAACAGAGACGUUCCUAGGAGAUGCAAGGGAACAGAGCAUGAUGUUAUUGUUACCUCGGCCCAGCCUAUUAAACAAUCCCCUUAUCCGAUGAAUUUGGAAAAGAGCAAGCUAGUGGAAAAAUAAAUUGAGCAUAUGCUAGCUGCUGGUAAUAUUCGUGAAUAUGCUUCUGUAUGGGCAUCUCCAUGCGAGGUCGUACCAAAGCCGGACGGUACCAUAAGAUUCUGUACAGAUUACAGAAAGGUGAGUGCUGUCAUACAAACAGAAGCUUACCCUAUCCCUAGGGUGGACGAUUUUAUUGAUAAAAUGGGUAAAGUGAGAUACAUCACUAAGAUUGACCUGUAAAGGGAUACUGGUGUGUUCCUUUAACGGACAGGGCUCGAGAAAUUUCAGCCUUUGUCACCCCAUCCGGGUUCUAUGAAUACAAUGUGUUGCCGUUUGGAAUGAAAAAUGCCCCAGGGACAUUUCAGAGGAUGAUCGAUGCAAUGAUUAGAGAGUUACCAAUACAAAGGCUUAUAUUGACAAUGUAGUAGUUUGGAGUGACACAAGGGAUAAGCACAUUGAGGCUGUAGAAAACCUGUUUAAAAGAAUGUCUGCAGUCCAUCUCACAGUGAACCUCGCAAAGAGUGAAUUUGGUCAUGCCACGAUCACGUACCUGGGGUAUGUGGUAGCACAGGGGCAGUUGGCUCCUGUGCAGGCUAAAGUACAGGCUAUUUCCGAGGUUCCUGUCCCAACAAAUAAGAGGGCAUUGAGAAGGUCUUUGGGCAUGGUGGGGUACUAUCGGAAAUUUUGUAAGAAUUUUGUAGAUAUUGCCCUCACGCUUACAAAACUCUUACGGAAGGAUGAAAAAUUUGAGUGGAGCAAUUCUUGUCAGGAAGCUUUUGAGAAGUUGAAAACCAUACUGUGCCAUCACCCUGUGUUAAAAGCACCUGACCUUUUGAAACCUUUCUCCCUGGCGACUGAUGCAAGUGAUGAGGCUGCAGGGGCAGUCCUAUUGCAGAAAGCAGGGGAUGGAGUGGAACACCCAGUGGCGUAUUUCUCUCGGAAGUUCAAUGUGCAUCAGAGAAAUUACUCUACUGUGGAAAAAGAAUUGUUAGCACUUUAUCUUGGCGAUACAGCAUUUUGAGGUCUACAUUUGUUCAGCACAGAGACCAUUAAUUGUUUAUACUGAUCACAACCCCUUGGUAUUUUUGGCUAAUAUGAAGAAUAAAAAUAGGAGGUUACUAAGUUGGAGUCUGUUGCUACAGGAAUUUGAUAUUAAAAUACAACAUGUAAAGGGGAGUGACAAUGUAAUUGCUGACUGUUUGUCUAGAUGUUAAUUUGAAUGUGUAUCUGUAUUAUUUUUAUGGUUAAGGCCACUUCUGUAUUUUGUUAAACUCUUGGUGAAAAUUCCCAGAAGGAUGGGGGUGAAGGAUGAACAGUUCUGAUGGACAAUGGGGUGCAGAGUUGCCCAUGUUCCCCCCCCUUUGAGAAUCACAAACCAUUACUGUUGCUAUGCUGCUCAUGAGAGAGAGAGACUUGUUGAUUUACCGUGUUAUGACCUCUGCGAGGGUUAUUUAUCUUAUACCAUUCUGUUCAUUAACAUUCCUCAGUGGACAGCCGGAGUGGGCUGGUUUGAUGGACACAGUCAUUCAAAAUUGAUUGACAGCCGAGACCCGGUGAGUAGGGAUAAAAGUCAGGUCUGGAGAGACACCCUGCAGACACGCUAGUGGACACUGAUUGAGUGUUGGAACCCACGGGAAGGUGUGGGGCUUCGGAGACUGAACCAGGAGGUCGGUCAGUAAAACUCACAGUGUUAUAGCAGGGCCGGUGGGGACUGCGGUGUGUGUCCACUCAUGCCAGAGUGACGAGUCCACCACAGAAGAACGGUCUAGCUGAAUGACAGAGGGGUCAUAACUGAAUGGCCACAACGACACGACAGAUCAAGAACGCAAAGGAAGGUUUGACUGCUGUAGCUGUUACUUCUCGCUCUCUCGCUCUCUCUCUCUCUCUCCGACGAUUACAACACAACAACCAUAUCUACCUCAGCACGCAUGAACUGAACUUUAUACUUUUUUAUGACAACUCACUUACCCCUACGCAUGGAUAGAGCUCGUUUAUUAUUGCUUAUUAUUAUUCCUACGCUUUUAGGUUUAUUAUUGCUAAUGUGUGUUAUCUAUGUAUUUGCAUUAUUGGUAUUGAUUUGCUUAUAUUACUAAUAAACACUUUUGAAUAUAGUACCACCAGACUCCAACAGAUUCUUCUUUCUCUGCUGGUUGGACACCCAGUUACGGGGUACGUAACAAUGUCUACACACUGACCAGUGUCUCUCAGUCCCUCGCUUGCAGUGGGCAGAUUUAUACACUGACCGAUGACUGAUGUUUCUCAGUCCCUCUCACUAACUAGAAGAGACAAGUGACUUUAAUCAGUUGAGGCUUUUGGUUUAAGAUAGCGCUACUAAAGACGGGUUGCAGCUUACUGGUGGUUCAUAAAGCAAAAACCACAACUGAAGAUUUUAUUAAUGACACCUUUCCUGUGGAAAAUUGUGGUGAACGAUUAGCACAAACAAUGAAGAGGUGACCAAAGGUGAGGUGGUCUUGAAGGUCAAGGCGUGCUGGUGCAAUGCUAAGUCGGAGAAAGGUCGAGGCACGUUCGAGACAGAGUUGGAGUGGAGGAGCUCCGGAGUCCCUUCACUGAAACCGGGAGCAAGACUGGAUCUAAGUGCCAGAAUGAUUUGGGAAGGUUGGGCGUGGACCGGAACAUGACGGCAGGGUCCGGUCCCAAAGUGUAUUGAUGCGGUGUGGCCUGGGUCCUUGUGCAGGGGCCGAGCUGAUGUUUGGACAAUAUGAAUGCCAGGUCAGAUCUGAAAAGGCAAGGCGAAGGUUGGGCUGGCUUUGCGAUGUAUACCAGUUCUCCGUAGCACUGAAACUGAGGCCGUGUCCUGCUCCAGGCUUUGUGUCUGCAAGGUCCACGACCAUUUGCAUGACUGUGUGAUGAACUGAAGCUGAGACAAUGAGUCUGCUUUCUGUCUAUAGACCCACCUUCAUUCUGAAUGCUGUUGUUUGCUUUACUGUUUUUCUCUCUCUCUGACUUAAUGUUUUUUUAAAAAUUGGGUUCUUUCAGGUUUCUUGUUUGUGGCUGCCUGCAAGGAAAGUUGUAUGAUUGAUCCAGACUUUGAUAAUAACGUAUUUUAAAACACCUCAGUUACAUGGCUACCCGUUUCAGCAGCAAGAAACACAAACUCGGGAGAUUAUAAAAAAAAACUCAUUUAUUGGUCCAUUACUUUGAUUGACAGUAGGGGGGGAACGUAGCCAUGGCCGUCGAUACGCAGGCCUGGACGUACCACGCCCCUCUGGGCUCAUCGUGUCGGCCAUCCCCCCAGCCCCCCGUUACCAGGCGGGCUUUGUGGGGGUUGGCUUCAUUCGCAGAGGGGCGCGGCUAGCGUCUAACGGGGCUGCGGGUCGACGGCAGGCGGGUCCCGCCGCCAGCAGGCGGUCCCUUUCCCGCCCACUUCCCUCCCGCCCUUCCCUCACCCUUUGCCCCUGCUGCUCAAUCAAGGGCAAGGAACGAGGGGUGUGGGGGGGUUGUGGAAAGGAAGCAGGGAGUGCCCGUGCUGCAGAAGGCGGCGAUGUGGGAGGGUUCGGAGGGAGGGAAAAAUGCACACUGCAGCAAAUUGACUGGUGGGGUAUUUUUCAUUUGAACAACAGAACCCUGUACAGUAUCAGAAAACCCUGAUUUCAAAUUCACACCUACACAUAAUUAACUGCACUCUACGGUUAAAUCACUGUCAGUCUACUGAAGGGGAUCGCCGGUGUAGUUACUUGGCUUGGGGAGGGAGGGGUGGGGUGGGGGGAAAAUGAGGCAGAGAAAAGGAAAAGAGGGCGUCAGUCUCUUUUGCUUUAAAACCCAGGAUCCCAGAGCUGGACCCUGUCCCCGGUUACACCGAGGGUAGUGGGGAGGCAGAGACAGCCUCUCUCUCUUUGCCAGUGUCUUCGAGUGGAGGCAGGGAAGAGAGGUAUGGAUGUCUGAAGGACACAGAGGGGGUGGGCUCAGAUAAUCCCCUAACACAAGGAAGGAGGGGAACCCGGCGUCCAAACCCAGAUCUCAGGAGGAAGGGGCUGCAGAGGGACUUGCUCUUUUAAAUAAACGUCAGCAGCAGGCUAAUGAGGUCAUGAAGCCCAGCUUCCCAUGCUCAUGAAAAUACAUUCAGCCCCUCUUUGCCCCUCAAACUCCCUCACGGCCUGGCGAGGAGGAGCCGAGUCUGAGGCUUGAGGUAAUUUGGGCCCUCCGUCCCCGACACGUCCUCUCCCCAUGUGACUGAAGCCAGAUUCUCAGGGGAAAAUCAUGAAGACAGAGGGUGCAUGCUACGGUACUGUGCGGAUCGCAGCUGGCUGCCCCCCCCCCCCACUUUGAGCCCCUGGGGGAGGGGUGUUUGGGGGGGGGCUUACAGUACAGAAAACAAAGGGAAAUAGAAACAACAGGGGAAAAGGAAGGCUCACAAAGGGAAAACCCUUGCUCUGGCAGUCAGUCACUUUGAGGAGGGGAGGCCAAUGGUUUUAAAAUAAAAAUUUCAGGCAGUAGGUGGUUCCCAUUUGGGGAUCGGAGUGGCAAAGAAAAGGGAAGAAGGAGGAGCAACUAAAGGUGGGGGGUGCACGAGGGACAGGGACUCACCCUCCCUCCCGCCGCCCCCC